AUGACUUACGACUGGGAUCCCUAUAAAGACAUAUGCCAUCGUCUCUACGUUGACGAAAGGCGAAGCUUUGCCCAAGUUGCCCGGUAUAUGGCAGAAAACCAUGGAUUUACCCCCAGCCGGCGUACCUAUUGGUACAAGUUCAGGGAAUGGGGCUGGCCCAUCAGGGUCAAUAAAGCCUACAGCAACACCGAGUUGAUUGCCAGAGUCAAGGAACUAUGGGAACAGAACCUCAAAGCAACCGAGAUGGUGCGCGUCCUCAAUGAGGAAGGCUACGACAUAAACGAUCGCACGCUCAACAGGAUCCGUCAAAAGUACAAUUGGAAAUUGCGCUUGAAGACUAUCCAAGACUUACGAAAAGGCAUCAUCAGGCCGCCUGGGCAACCGGCUAACGGAACAGAUGAUGACGACAACAAUGGCAGUGACGGUGACAGUGAUUCCGCUGAUGAUAGCGACAAUGACAGCGAAGAGGUAAGUAGCGAGGAGGACGAAGAAGAUGAUGAUGAGGAGGAGGAAAACGCCGCCGAAGACAAUGGACAAGGGUCGUCUAACACACAUGGCCAACGCCAACAUCAGCAACAGCAACACCAGAAAUCAGCAUCUGCAAGUUUGCCACUUGGCCCAGAUGACGAACUGACCCCCGAACAACGUGCUCGCAGAGAAGAGAGGCGCCGGGUGCUCGAGCAAGAGUCGGCAGAACGUUGGGCUCUCAAGAAGCGACGACGGAGAACCAAGGGGUGGGCAGGCCUGCCUCCAGACCCGAGUGGUCUGCCUCCUCGCUUUCCAUCCGAGACAACCCUAGACGAAGCCAAGGUCAUCCUGCAGCUCGACGCUGCGGCCUACAAGACGCUGCGGGAGAACUUUGAAAAGAUUUGCAGGGAGAACAACGUAAUCAAGAAGACAAUUGCCGGGCCCGAGAAGUGGGAAGCCAUGAAGGAGCAGAUGAUCCGCGAUAGCAUGCAUCUCCGCGCCAUCAUGUGGGAUCAAGCCAACAUGGAGCAGAAGAAGAUCGCGAUCGAUGUUAUCUGCUGCGACGUGACCAAGCGGAUCAGGACGAUGCAGUCACACAUGACACUAGCACAGGCCCGCAACCUCCUCGGGCUGAAUCCGGAGCAGGGUAGAUACAUUCGCGGCACGCUUUACCUGCUACUGGGUCAGGAGAAGUUUGGGUUCAAGCAUGUCGAAGGUAUCGACAAGUGGAAUGAAAUGGUACAGAAAUGGUUCGACACCACGGAACUAUUGCAGGAACUCUUUCCUCCAGGCUGUGAGCACUGGCCUAACGCCAAAGAGAGGAAGAGGGCUAUCGAGCUGCUGGCCCGUGACGGAAUGAGAAGAUACAGAGGCGAUCAAGCAAAGUUGGAGAAGGAUGCUUUGAACCCACCGCCUCCCAAGGUUCCUAGAAAGCGUGCUCCUCCAAAACCGAAGCCGGUCCCGACGCCCGCUCAACUUGAGGCGGCUGCGAAGAGAGCCGAGAAGGCUGCUGAGAAGGCCGCGAAGGCCGCUCAACCCAAACGGGGCCGUGGCCGACCCCCGAAGAAUAAUACGGUGGGGCCAUCAACGGCAACGGCAACGGCCACGGCAACGGUGCCGCAUACAGCUGUGCGGCUCGCGCCACCGGAAUCGUCAAGCUCGGAGGAGAGCGAAGCGGAUCAGGAUGCCCAAGAUGCGGACAACGGCAACUUGGAUCCGGAUUAUCUGCUGCAACAGUCAAUUGAAGCCGACACUUCGUUUGGGAGUUAUUCUGCCAACACUCAUGUUGCCAGUGGAAGGGGCAGUGCUGGCGCCAACGUCGGUGCCAAUACAAUUACUGCCCAGUCCUCUUCACACACUCCGAAUCUUGCUCAAACUCAAAGUCGGCCCCAAACCCAUUCCCAAGCUACGCAGAAUUACACAACCAACCGUAACCAUAUGCAGCAAAGUUAUGCCCCUUCGAACCAUGGCUUAACCCAGUCUCAGACCCAACCGCCACCCCUCGCCAUGUAUACACAGCAACAACAGCAGCAGCAGCGACAGCAACAGCAACAGCAACAGCAACAACGCAUCCAGCAGGAAGCCAUCCAGCGGCAAGCAAGAGCCCGACAGCAGCACUUCCAGCAAACCGCCUCCGUCCCCCCAGUCCAAGUCUCACAGCCAGUGGCAACUACCUCGUCAACCUCCACCACCUCGUCCUCCAUGGCCAUCUACUUCCGCCUUCACGCAUCCUCGCCUCUCCAAGGCGUGGUCUCGCGCAUUUGGAUCGCCACCCUAUCGGGCCGCUCCGUCCAGGAACUACGCAGCACCGCAGUGGCCAACUAUCCGGGCGUGGUGUGCCUGGCAAUCGAGGGAAUCGUCAAGGAUGGAAAAGGCGGAGAGUUGCCGUUACCGGUUAGCGACGACAUGGAGAUGGAGGCGUAUUUGCAGCAUAUCCAGGGCAUGGGGAGCGGAGCACCGACGUUUAGUGUUAUGCUUGUGCCGGCGGCAACAGCGGCGACGGCAGCUGGAGGUGUGGGGGGGUCUUGGUGAGGGAUUGGCAUAGGAGUGGCUGUGGCAGGGGUGAUGUAUCUCGCUCUAUGUAUGAUUCUAUGGGAGUUUUUCGGGCAUUUACCAAUUUCUCGCCCCUUCCAGAUUUUGAUGGCUUUUAGGAGAGCCUCAGGCUGAAAGUAAGCAGAGCAGACGAGAACCGUUGUUGAGGAUGGAACAUGAGUGCCAGG